GCAAUAACAGUCAUACGGUAUAUUCACUUCACUUCAUCAAAGCACUAUGACACCUGAGGCUUUAACACCAGCUACAGAACAGCCUCUUAUACUGCCUUAAAACACUCCUUUGAUCUUCUUCCUACCAUUCAGCUAAUAUUGUUGAAUACUCACAAUCCUUCUCUUAAUACAAACCACCCGUCUGAUUUCAAUAUUACGGGUUUUGGCACCGCGAGACUUUCAGCCGCAGCGCUACCCCAUCUGAGGAGGCGCGCAGUGGUCGAAAAUUCACAGCUUCUCCGUUGCUCUUGCACUAACAGUUCGUACCUAGUCUCCAGCUCCGUCUAGGUUUACAUCAGAUGGGCAAAGAAAUUACGUGCCCCUACAUCAUACCACCAUUUACAUUCUUAUUCACCUAUGAUCACUCUUGGUGAGAAGCAGAGUGUUGGCAGAAAAUGGUCUUAGUAUCACUCGAGAGAGACAGCAAUGGCAACACUAGGUUCCGUGGGUGCACUAGUAUCCGCGAUUUUGAAUUCUUGGGUAAACUUGGUGAAGGUACUUUUGGUGAGGUCUACAAAGCAAGAUCAAAAAAGGACAAUACCAUCGUUGCUCUCAAAAAGAUACUCAUGCACAAUGAAAGAGACGGGUUCCCCAUAACCGCUCUUCGUGAGAUCAAACUUCUAAAAAUGCUGUCUCACACUAAUAUUCUACAUCUUAGAGAAAUGGCAGUAGAACGGAGUAAAGGGGAAGGACGUAAGAAACCAAGCAUGUACAUGGUAACCCCAUAUAUGGAACAUGAUCUUUCGGGCCUCCUAGAGAAUCCGGCUGUUCAUUUCACUGAGGCUCAAAUCAAGUGUUAUAUGCUUCAACUCCUCGAGGGACUCAGGUAUUUGCACGAGAAUCGUAUUCUGCACCGUGAUAUGAAAGCUGCCAAUCUGCUCAUCAGCAAUAAGGGCAUACUUCAAAUUGCUGAUUUCGGGUUGGCUCGACCAUACGAAGAACCCCCUCCUCAGCCCGGUAAGGGCGGAGGCGAAGCGAGAAGGGAUUAUACUACGCUCGUAGUGACCCGAUGGUAUCGCCCUCCCGAACUGCUUCUUCAACUCCGGCGGUAUACGACGGCAAUAGAUAUGUGGGGUGUCGGAUGCGUUUUCGGCGAAAUGUUCAAGGGAAAGCCGAUUCUGGCUGGCAAUAACGAUCUCAAUCAGGCGCAACUAAUUUUCGAUCUCGUAGGUUCACCUACAGAAGAAAGCAUGCCAGGGUGGACUUUACUACCAGGGUGUGAGGGUGUGAAGAAUUUUGGGAACAGACCGGGCAAUCUAUGCGAAAUAUUUAAAGAUCAAAGUGCCACUGCGAUAUCAUUGCUUAGUGAGCUUUUAAAGCUCGAUUGGCGGAAACGAAUUAAUGCGAUGGAUGCUUUGAAACAUCCUUACUUUUUUAGCCCACCACUUCCUGCGCGGCCCGGUGAGUUGCCUUCUUUUGAGGACUCCCACGAGCUUGAUAGGAGAAGGUUCCGUGGUCAAAGAGCACCUUUGCCACCACCGGCACCCGCAGGGGGCUCUAUAGGAAUCGGUGGACCGAACGGAAGCUGGGCAACAAGCUCUGGAAACAAAACGGGCGUCGAUGGUAAAAAUAGUCGCCUUCCAAACGCCAUCCGUGUGGGUUGGAACAGUGGAACACAGGGAGUCCCUCAACAACGCUCUCUCGAGAAUCGCAACUGUGAGAUGCAUACAGCUCGGUCGAGAACAGGUGUGGAGGAGCCCAGCCAAGGACCUUGGCAUAAGAGUGGGCUACCACCUCGGCCGCCCACAUCAAACCACCAGACAUGGGCCUCGGGCAAUAUAGGCAGAGUGGGACGAGACAGGAAUCACCAGGGUCGAGGACGGCUUGAAGGAAACCUAGACUCAUAUGUUCCAAUUUAUGAUGGAAGCGAACGUCAUUGGGAAAGGGAUCACAGUUCGAAUAACAGUAUGGAUCGACGCGAACUCAACAAUGACCAGGCCCAUCAAGUCAUGCGCAGGGACUCUUCGCGAGAGAACUUUCCAAGACGAAGAAGCCGGAGCCCUAACUUAAGAGAAGGACCUCGUGAUGUGGCUAGGGCAUUCCAUCGCAGAUGACUAGUCUCGUAUGCUAAAGGAUUAAGUGUCACCCUGCAGUCUCUGUACUAGUAUUCUCAAUAGUUGGGGAAUAAGUCUUCUUACCCGCCACAUAAAAGCAUGAGUCCAGGUUACUUCACACAGAAUGAUCAAAAUACUCAACUAAGCGGCUGAGGGUAGUGUCCACUGUCCUCUAUCGAACUUCUGGGAAUUCUAUAGCGUGUCAGUGCUAAGACGUUAAUUACAUCUUUCUGAAGAUUUAAGGG